AUUGUCGUCUAUUUGCUUUAUUAUAGAUUCCAAAUAAUAAAUAACUUGAUCUGUCAAUUGAAUGGGCUGUCUGAUGCAUCACGGAUCGUGCUCAAGAUUAAACGCAUCAGAAAAUUGCAUACCAGUAAGUUUCAUGUUUUGUAUUGUAAUUUAUACAGUAAAUCUGUAUGGCUCAAGAUUUUAAUACACUCUUUGAAAGAAUUGCGAUGAUAAUGAGAUGUAAAUUCUGUUAUAAAGAUAUUUGUCAUCUGGUCAGCAUGGUAAACGAUAUUCACGGCUAUCAUCUCCUUUUUUGUUCGGCGAACUGCUUAUGCAUGGUUGUGACUACGUUAUUCAUGAUUUACAUAAGUAUUGAGCAGAAGAACUCCACGCAAAUAUUGAUAAAUAAUAUCGUUUGGAUACAGUACAUCACGCAGUUUGGCCUGAUGUGUUGGAUUUGCACACUAACGCGUCAAGAAUCUGACAAGAUCGGAGGAUCUAUAUGCGAAAUUGAAUUAAAUCGUAAACCUGCCAAAAUUGAUAAGAUAAACAAGGCAAGGAAUCAACCGAAUCUAGAGAUGUGUCUGCCAUUUGAAAACUCGGACAGCAAACAAAAUCCUAGCAGCGGUCACAAUCUGAAUUACGUUGCCUUGGAAAAUUUCUCCCGCAGAAACUUGGACCGCGACUAUGUCAGAAAAGAGAUCAAUGAUUUUACGAUUCAACUGCAACAGUAUCGAGUAGCAUUUACGGCUUGCGAUUUCUUUGAAAUAAGCAAUCGUCUGUUCAGUGGUUUUAUCGGGUUCCUCAUCACUUAUCUUAUAAUCUUCAUUCAAUUCUAUCAUCCACCCGAAGAUACAAAAGUGGAGCAACAAUGAAAACAUUUUAAGGUUUUUAGAAGUGCCAAAUUUUUUUGCAUUAAAUUUCCAUUACCUACUAACUAUAAUAUUUUUUUAAAUCCUGACAUUAGAUAAU